AUGAGUAUGAGUACGCGUAGAGAGAUGCAUUUGGACGGCGGCAGCAGCAACAUCCUGAGACAUGGCAUGCUCGGCGUGGUCUUCCAGUUUCUCCCACUCAUUGAGCUGAAUCUCACUGGUAAUCGUCUGCCUCCCAGCCACGAGAGGAGUGUCCGCAACGAAUGGCCGCGCCUGCGCAUCCUCAACGACGUUCAACUGUCCCCAAGGCCACACCAGCGGAUCUUUUCCUCACUGAAAAGCAGCCGAGGCUAUCUUGUGCCCAGGCUGUGCCAGGACACGGGCAAUGCCUCCCAGUGGAGCCGUGGGGCCCUCGAAGUCAGCGACUGGAACUACUCAAGGACUUUGCGGGCCUUCUGGGAAUGUCACAGAGAUGGUCAACUACCCCAGAAGGCGCUUGACUCUGACUAA